GGGGGGUCUGCGUAUAAAGGCGGGAAUAAAAAUAUUCACAGAUCGAGAAAACACGGCGUCCUGAUACCGAGAAGAGCGCGAGACUUCAACGGGACGGAUGUUAAUCCUCUCCAGACAGGGAGGAGAGAGACCUCAGCACUUAUCGCACUCUCCAUCCGGAAGGGCCUAUACCCCCUCCAUCUCCACCUCCAGCUCCCCCACGGCCUGCAGAAUCCUCCGUUACCGCAAUGGCACACGGAUGCGGAGGGCUGCGGGAGCGGCGCGAGAUGAGCAGAGAGGCAGAUUGAGACCAACUUAACUUUAAUAGGAAAAAAAAAAACCGAUACAUCAUAUUUGGUUGCAUGUGCAAAACGCAAGUGCGCUAAACGAUAUUACAAACAAAUGUGACGCGUUUAUGAUCCGCUUGGUUUGGUCCCAGGGCUGAGCGCGCGCCUCUUGGAAAUUUUGGAAAAUUCGCCGAUACAAUGCCGUCACCGUCCGACUCGAGCAGCGCGGCAUCGCUCUCGGGCUCGCGCGCCUUCUCGGGGAGCCGCCGAAGCACUUCCGGCAGGGCGAGGGCGAGCGCGCGCGUGCUGCUCUACCUGGGCCUGUGUCACCUCGCGCUCGGCGCCAUGGUGCUCGCGUUCAGCUUCACGAGCCUGGCAUUCAGCGCGUCUGCCCGCGUGCGACAGUCCUGUCCUUUCUGGGCUGGUUUCUUCGUCGUGGCUUCUGGAAUAGUAGGAGUGAUAUCUUGGAGGAGACCCUUCACCCUGGUGGUGUCACUGUUCAUGCUGCUGUCUGCCGUGUGUGUGAUUCUCAGCCUGGCUGGCUCCAUGCUCUCCUGUCAGAAUGCACAGAUGGUGAAAUCGUACCUCACCUGCCAGGUGGAGCAUGGUCUGUGUGUGUGUUGUGACCCAAAACAGUCCUGCUCUCUGAUGGAGGAUGAGACUUUAGUGCUGUACCUGCAUGCUGACUGCCAUUCAGUACGGCACCAGCUCAAGGACCUGCUGUUUAGUGCCUGUGGGCUUAGCAUACUCUCUACCAUCAUUUGCACUUUGUCAACAGUCACCUGUAGCAUCCAUAUUUUUUCACUUGACUUGCUUCAUCUGCUGGCUCCUCACCGAACGCGCUCUGUUAACCCAGAAUGCACCACUCCCCAGGAUGCCUUUCUCACCAAUAUGAUGGACUUUGAAGAGUUUGUCCCACCCAUCCCUCCGCCUCCCUACUACCCCCCUGAAUACACCUGCAGCUCUGAGACUGAUGCUCAGAGCAUCACAUAUAAUGGCUCAAUGGAGAGUCCUGUGCCUCUCUACCCUACGGAUUGUCCUCCUCCGUAUGAAGCAGUCAUGGGGCAAAGGGACCCCAGCCAGCCCACCCACGCUGGCGAGCAUUCUGCUGAGAGAGGAACCUCUGUGGCUUUCAGUGGUGAAGUGUCCGGUGACAGUGGCUCUCUGCUGAUGUCUGAGAUUGUAGACAUUCCAGAUGACAGUUCUCCAUCAGAGGACUCGUGUGUGCUGGAGGUGGCAUUUGCAGUCCGGACACGGCCACGAGGGGUCAGCGAGGGAGGGGAGGGCAUCGAUUAUAACAUCUCACCUGCGGCUCGCUGCUGUUUUAGAGGCGAGAGGUCCAACUCCUGCUCCUCUCCCAGCACCUACAACACGUCCACCUUUAGGUCUCCUGUAAUGCGACGUCAGGCUCUGCUGGCCUACAGUUGUUCUCAGUUAGAGAUGCUAGGUGGUGCUGCCUCCACACGCUGCUCAGUCCCAGAAAUCCUGGUCUGCCCGUGUACUUCAUCUCGACGGGGCUCUUCCUCUGAUUCAACCAAUCCGCGAGCUUGGCCCUCCUCAGGCGUCACUCUCCCAGUCCCUUGCGCUCAUCGGCGAUGUGGCCGGGAUGGUAGGGACAGCGAAGGCCUUCCUCCUUUGCUGAGGUCACACAGUGACCCGGGACUGAGCUCCUCUACUGAUACAGGUGAAUUUACUGGCUCAGUAGGCAGCAAAGGAGUGGGUGAGGGUGGCUCUCAUACCUCAUCAGACACAGGGCGAUCAUCAGCUUGUCUGCUGCUGCGGCGAUCUCUUCUGGUGUCUUCUGGUACGCUGCCCAGUAAGGGAAGCCUGAAGUGUGCCACAGAGCAGCUACCCUCCAAACAGCCGCUGGCCAGCUCUCUGCGUGUCCACAAAGGCUGCACACGAUCUUUGGGAGACCUUAAGGUGACAAGAGUGCUGGUGCAGCGCCUACUACAGAGGUCUAAAAGAAAUCUAGCUCCUGCCUCAGAGCACACUGGGAGCUGUGGUCAGAGACCCAAAAGCAAAGUGGGAAAGGACGGAAGCCUCCCGAUCGAUCAGGUCUUGCGUGCCUCUUGGGGUGCCAGCAGAGGGCAGCAAUACCAGCAGCGUUCGCACCACUAUCGCCGUGGGCACUACCAUUCUCACAGCGAGGGCUACCCUGUCAUUCGUCACAGCAGUCCUGACCCUGCGAGGACAGAAGGCAUCCACCUGCGCAGCUGUGGCGACCUGAGCUCCAUGUCAGCCGUGUCACUGCACCGGCUUCACCAUCCUGCGCAUGCCUCAUCCGGAGUGCUGCGAUUCGACACCCAGCUCUGAGUGAAGCCAGGGCUUGUUUAAAGCAGGAAUACAGUGGAGAGGAGAGGUGGUUGGCUGAGGGAGAUCAGCGGUAAUUGAGGUGAUAUUAAGGAUGGAUAUUCUUGACCAUGGUUAAUUAAAAAAUCUGUGAUGUUUUCGCACAAAUUUUAAGAAACCCGGGGAAAAACUGGAUAAAUCCUUUUUGAGAACCCUCUAAAAAAACAUGCUGGUCGAUCCCUUUAUAAAAUAUGGAUUCCACACCCAUGACUGCCAGUGCCUCAACAACACAGUGGUGUUCUGCCUUUCUCAGCCUCCGACUCUUCCUCUCUGUCUGUCCAUCUUUUCAAACUCAUGAUUCUCCCUCACUGUGACUCUAUACAACUGUCAAAGAAGAUUGUGAGGAAGUGACAUCUCUCCCACAGUGCUUCCAGUCACUACACACAAAAGCUUCCAUCAGAAAAAAAAAAAAAAUCCACACUUUUAUAUAUGCACACCUCUGUUCGGUUUCAGCGAAGGCACUGAACCGUUCCUCCGGGUUUUGUAGCCUGUUCUGGACCUGUGUGGAUCUAGCUGAAGGAUUUCGACAUCACAUUAUACGAAGCAAUGUCUUACUUACAGUAUAUACCUUUUUUGGUUUGGAAUUUAGUUUAGAAUAUUUUAAACCAUUUAUCUAGAUCAGAUAUUCCAAAACUUAAAAAUGCCUCGAGUAAAUCUAAAAACUGAAAAUCCUCUGCAGCCCAAUCAAACCUUUAAUCACAGCAUGCGAGAAUAUGAAUAUGAUAUAAAUGAAGAAUAACAUUUAAAUACUUUAAAUCAUGUGGCUUUGUGUCAUCGGUUCUGAUUACUUUCCACGAAUGUAAAUAUUUCAUCUUUAAUGUUUUAUGAUUAUUAAAAACCUUCUAUUUAUUUAAUUUAAUUAUUUAUUUAAAGAAAAUGGUGUCUUGCAGCCCACUACCGGCCCACACUUUGGAAAACACUGAUCUAGAUAAUGUCGCAAUGUAGAGCUUUGAAAACUAUUUUUGUCAGUCAGUGAGAAAAAUUAUCUCCAUCCGCAUACACACAUACAAACCCUCAUCACUUCUACAGUAUAUAUCAUUCCAUUCAUGAACAAAAGCCAAAUAAAAUGCACUGGCUUUAUUUGCAUAAGUGCAUGCUUUUUAUUUUAUUUUAUUUUAUUUUUUUACUAAGUAACAUGGUGUUAUAGUAGUAUUGGUUAUUUGCAUCUUUUCUUUGUUUGAAUUGGACUCCUAAUAUUGUGCAAAACCUACUCAAAGAUUUUUAUUCAUUUAUUUUGUGCAUGUAAGAAUUUUCCUUGUUUUUGUUGGCACAAAAAAAUUGUGAACUAUGUGUCAGCAUGAUUAAGGAAUGCUGCUAAAGUUAAUACACAAUGAAGCUCUGGCAAUAAACACUCAGCUACAACAUAAACUAGAAUAAGGAAUAAGAGCACUUAUCGCGAAAUAAAAUAUACCUUUAAAAGUUGAACUUGUCCUUAUGAUGAAUUUGAAGAAGUAAAUACACUGCGAAUUAUUCUUCUAUUACAAGACUGUUUUCAUCACUUUGUUUUCCUCUGACUUUCUCAUGACUUAUGAUCAUAUAAGCUUGCCUCAAUGCAAG